AUGGAACUGGUAUUUUCUUCAGUUUGGCUGUCUCGUCUUCUGGUAAUAUUUUCAGUUUUGGUGUGCAGAACCAAGGCGUUGGUAAAGCUACCACCAAAUGAAACGGUUCCUGCUGUGAUCGUGUUUGGGGAUUCCAUUGUUGACGCUGGAAACAACAACCAUCUCCAGACUCUUAUCAGGUGCAACUUUCUCCCCUAUGGCCAAGAUUUUGAUGGCGGUAUUCCCACAGGAAGGUUUUGCAACGGAAAAAUCCCUUCGGAUUUAGUAGCUGAAGAAUUGGGAAUAAAAGAUAUACUGCCAGCGUAUCUGGACCCAAAUUUGAAACCCCAAGAUCUGAUAACAGGAGUAACCUUUGCGUCGGGUGGCACUGGAUACGAUCCUUUGACUCCCCAACUAGCGUCCGUUAUAUCGAUGUCGGCCCAGUUAGAUCUGUUUAAAGAAUACACAGCGAAGCUGAAACAACUUGUUGGAGAAGAGAGAGCAAACUUCAUCUUAUCCAAGAGUUUAUACCUUGUUGUAGCCGGUAGCGAUGACAUUGCCAAUACCUAUUUUGCUCUCCGUGCCAGGAAAUUGCAGUACGACAUUCCUGCCUACACUGAUUUAAUGCUUAACUCGGCUACUCUCUUUUUAAAGGAACUAUAUGGUUUGGGAGCAAGAAGAAUAGGAGUUUUCAGUACACCACCAAUCGGCUGUGUGCCAUCACAAAGAACAUUGGCAGGAGGAAUUAAAAGGGAAUGCGCAAAUGACUAUAACGUGGCAGCUAGAUUGUUCAAUGCAAAGCUAUCCGCAGCGUUGAAUUCACUUGAAAGAAGCAUGGCCUAUGGGAAAUUUGUGUACGUAGAUGUCUACAAUCCCCUGCUUGAUCUCAUUAAAACCCCUCAAAAAUAUGGCUUUGAAGUUGCAAACAAAGGGUGCUGUGGAACAGGGAACAUUGAGGUGGCAGUUUUGUGUAAUAAAUUGAGUCCAUCUACCUGUCCAGAUGUCUCCAAGUAUAUAUUUUGGGACAGUUAUCAUCCAACUGAGAAGGCAUACAGAGCCCUACUUAUCCCACUCCUACAAAAGUAUGUGACCAAAUUCUUGUGAGCCAAA